CGACACAGCGACGACGAACACACGCACGACGAAGACGACAGGUAACGCAACGGACCCCUGCGACAACGAGUGAAGGAAGCUUUGCAGGCGAGCAGGUACGGUCUGGAACGGACUCGACAGAAACGUUUAACUUUUGGCGCCCGUGUGGGCUCCCUUGUUUCCGACAUCUUCAACCGCGACGGACGACGACGACACUCGACACGACAACGACGACGAACCGACAGCUAUAUUUUGGAAGGAAAAGGAUAUUGGACUUGCGACAUAGGACGCUCUACCGUAGCCGCCAGAACACGAAGACGAUCCGUGUCUACAUCACCGAAAGUGUACUGUAUCAGCAAGGACUUAGUAACGGGAGUGCAGAUCGCUUCAGCCUGGCUUAAUUGCGUAGAACACUAGAAGACUUCACAUUUUACGCGCGUACGGAGAGAGCAUGCCACACGAACUGGACCUCCUCUCCACGACGCCGAACGCUAACUUCGACUUCGACGACAUCCCGAACGAGAUCUCACCCUCGCCCAACGCCGACGCGACCGACGACAGCAACGAACGCAAUAUUCAGUUUCAGCUCCUCGCGGACGCUAUACCCCAGCGCGAGGGCAUCAUGGGCGGCGUCAAUUCUCGCCCCGACCAGCUGCACACAAGCUCGCUCUGCCUCGACCUGAGCCGCGUCGAGCCGCAAGGUGACGAGGAACAGAAGGUUCACGGGCUCGCGUACGAGGCAGCCUUCCUUGAUAGCCUGCCCGUGUUGCACCCACCAGUAUCGAGCUACACCUCCCCUGCGACGUCGCCGCCGCGCUCACCUUCGCCCUCACCAUCGGGCUCGUCGCACUCUCCACAUUCACCGCGCCCACCACACUCUCCACAAUCCCAGCAAGCACACGAUCAGAGGAGGAAAGAAGACGGCCCCGCGCCGAUCCGCGGGCUCUCGGCAGCGCAGUUCGCGGAGAUGCACGAGAGGUACCUCACGACGCACGCGCCGGACAGCGUCAUCUUCCCGUUCCUACACGGCCUCGAGGGCGACAACGACGCCCAAACUGCGUUCUUCGUCGGCACGACUACUCCAGACGGCCGGGACGGUGGGCGCGCGGGACGCGUCAAGGUGAGCGUGAAGGCCAAGGUGCCACGCUUUCGUGGGCUCGUCUGGGUCGCGUCGGACGAGGACGACGUCGAGGAGUACGAGCGGAGCCUGCGAGUUCAGCAGCGCGCGCGCUCGCGGCAGCCACGCUCUCCGUCGCAGCAGCCCGCACGACAGGGCUCGGAAGACCUCGAGGACGACGAGGACUACCUGGACGAGGACGACCUCGAGGACGAUGAGGACGACUACAGCACGAGCUCUGUCGAGGAGGAAGAAGACCUUGCGCCGAACGGCGUGGUCGCGGCGGAAAUGCCGAUGGACAUUGAUGUCGAUGUCGUCGGGAUGGACGUCGACGACGACGGGCGCGCGAUUGGCGUCGACCUUGCGGAGCAUGGUGAGGGCGCGCAUAUGCACCCCGUCGCGCCUCGCAAUGCAGGAGCGAAGAAGCAAGGCACGCAAAGGCCUGCAUUGAGUGCAAUAGACACGGCUGGUGUUGGUAAAGAACAACAAGUGCCCCACCACGCGCAUGCGCACCGCCUGUCCAACGCGUCGACGACUUCGACGACUUCGACAGCAUCGUCGAUCACUCCGCCCUCGUCGACCCUCUCGUCUCCGGUACUGGAAGGCUCGCCGAGUACACCGCCGACACCACAAUCGUCCCUCCCGACUCCUGAGGAGAAGUCUUCCCAGCAGCAGCAAGAUGCAAACAAAGAUCACAUCAUGCGCGACGCGCCUAUGGCCUCUGUCAGGCAGUCUUCGCAGGAGCGGAGAAAGAGUGCCCCGGAGCGUGUGGCUCUUACAUCGACGUUCAAGCCCCGCGAGCUCCUCUGCAUCGAUCGCGAGACAGGUGAGACGAGGUUCGUAGAACCCCGCGUCCCCGAGGGAAUUAGCUUGCGGAAUUUCGGUAUUCAAGUCCCGAUCUUUGCGACGCUCUCCGACAUUGUCGUUUACUCGCCCCGAGGCAACACUCGCGCUGCGCUCGCGGUCGCCACCCAUUUCGCACAUGCGAUCGAGGCGAAGCGUGCCCACCGUGCAGCGCGCGGGCAGACGGACUUACUGUACUACAAUGUGUUUGUCCUCUGCGCGACCUCUGAGGAGGUUGUGAAGGAGAUGCCGCAUGUCGUAAGCAGAUACACCGACGAGGUCGUCAAUGGCCACCAUCACAGCGACUCACAAAAGGAGGGGCAGCAUCGUGCACAUACACAAGGCACCGAGGGCCUCACCGCUAGCGAGUCGCACGUCCUUUCGACGCAUCACACUCCACCAUUACAGGAUCCGCCGGAAUUCCCGAAGCCAAACGUUCUCAAGGCGAACACGAUCUCGUUUGCACAGCGAGAGAAGGACGAGAUGCGGGAGCUGACGCAGGCGAGCGAGAUUUUGACGUACCCGCUGGACGACACGGAGAGCGUCCUGAAGGAGUUCAACGCGAGCUCGACGCAGACCAAAUGGGACCCAACACGCGGACAGCUCUUCCUCGGCAACGCGAGUGACGUGCCCGUUAUGAUAUCGCCCGGCAGCGCGUCACCUACCUCAGAAUGGGACUGUUCUUCGAACGACCCUGCGAAAGGCCUCGGAUACGACAUCUGCAUCGAGUGCGACGACAUGGCGCCAUUACCCUCGCAGGCGCACAUGCGCGCUGCCGAAGAGCACAUCACGAGGCUCGAGCGCAAGUGGAUGGACAAGUGCCUCCGAGACUCUGGUGAGCGUAUGGAGAAGGAGAGCGCCGGUCUGGGCGAAGAGGACGCGAUCCCGCCACGCCCGCCGCCUCCCGCGAACCUGGUCGUACAUCUGCCAUUCCCCAGUUCGGUUGCGUACGCGGGCGCCGGCAUAUCGCCAUUUAUCACCUGGAUUGAGACACUUUUCCGCCCUGUCGAUGGCAAAGUAACCUAUGCUGCUCUCAAAGAACGCCAGCGCCGGGAAGCCGAAAGCCGGCGUUGGUCGCCGCAAAACGGAAACGGAAGCACGAACGGGCGACCUUUGAUGAGGAGAAGCACGAAUGCCGCGACGAUUGGACAUGCUGCUAGGCAGGGAUACAACUGCGGAUCGCACCAUCACAAUCAGAACCAUUACGGCACUCACCACGGGCCCAAUGGCCAGUUCGGUGGGCCGAGCAGCCUGCCGCCACCCAACUCCUUCCCGCAAUCGUUCCUCCCAUCACAAGGUUCGCAGUCGUCGUACACCCGCAUGCGGAGCACCUCUGCAACACAUCUCACCUCGCCUACUGCGACGCCGCCGCCCUCGACGCCGCCCAUACCAACGCGCACGCGCCCGCUCAAGAUCCUCGUCUACUCCGCGGACGGUUACACCGAGAGCAGCUCGCUCGCACUGACCAUACUGAUGGCUCUGCGGAAGAUGACGCUUCCCGAGGCGUACCUCGAGCUCCAGAUUGAGAAGCGCCGGAGUUUCUUCGUGUAUCCGACUGAGGUGCAGCCCAUGCGCCGGGUCGAGCAGCGUCUCGAACGCGAGCGCGCCGUGGCUGCGGGCAUCGCGACCCCCGGCGCUGGAAGUGCUUCAGGGCCAGGCACGCCCGGACACUCACCAACGCGCCACGGACGCCCUGCGGCGAUGAGCAUGUCGUUCGCGGCGGGGAGCGUGCACAGCGGGUUCCUUGGACCCGCGGUCGCGCAGUCGGCGCACCAGCGCGACGAGUCGUCUGCGUUAAGCUCGGGUGCAUCCGUCGCGGAGAACAAUAAUGGCGUCAUCGGGAACGUGCGGAGACCGCGCGCGAGCACCCUCCCGCCGCCGAUCGCGAAGAUGGUGGGUGACCACCAGGUAUGGUUCAACGACCCGCGAUUUGACGGGUCGUUCCCGAGUCGGGUGUUACCUUUCCUUUAUCUGGGUAACUUGAAUCACGCAGCGAACGCAUAUAUGCUGCACGCGCUCGGGAUCACACACGUCGUGUCCGUCGGCGAGUGCGCGCUGAUCCCACCCGAGCACGGCCAUGGGUCCUUCCAGGCGGGGCUCGCGACCGCAAAGCCAGGCUCGCUCUGGAUCGAAGAGCGCGAGGGCCGGAUCAAGGUGCUCGACAUUAAGGGCGUGUGCGACGACGGUAUCGACUCGCUCGAGCCACAGCUGCCGCCGAUAUGUGAUUGGAUCGACGAGGCGCGCAGGGAGGGCGGCAAGGUGCUCGUGCAUUGUCGUGUUGGGGUAUCCAGGAGUGCAACAGUCACAAUUGCGUACGUGAUGAAGCACUUGAACAUCCCGCUCGUGGACGCCUACCUCAUCGUGCGCUCGCGCCGACUCUCGGUGCUCAUCCAGCCGAACAUGCGUCUGCUGUACAACCUUCUCGGCUGGGAAGUCAAGCUUGCGCAGGAGCGUGCCCAGAGCGAUCGCGGCCGCCUUCGAGAGGAGCUGGCACGGUGUCUGAACUGGCCCUACCUCGCCAAGGAGGUGCACGCGCUGAACGAGAAAUAUCUUCGCCCAGCGAACUGAGCGUUUUUGCCUAUCCGCUACUCUACCUCAGCCACGAUAUCAUACACUUGUAAUUGAACUUUUUCCAUUGUCUCUUCUCAUCUGUCCUCUGUUUGUGUACGCAUUAACGCCAUCUCCAUCUCAUCACAUCUCACCGCCAUGCAUCACCUGUACUUCUUUCUUCUUUCUUUCUGUACAGUACACACCGCAUAGCAAACGCCCCUCUGUAUUUGUCCUGCUCUGUCUGGAUUUUCAC